UCCACAGUAUGGAUCAGAGAGGCAGAGGAACUCCUUCGAAUUUAUGAUGCCACUGUCCCAACAUACUUUAGCCUCAAAGAUCUGAAGAAAAAGAUGAAAUUUCCAUUUGUUGUAGUGGAGGGGCUAGAUGCUACUGGGAAGACUACUUUGACUGAAACACUGGAGAAGAAAAUGGCUGCAUGUAGAUAUUUUACACCUCCUCCCCCAAUACAGCAUCUGAGGAAAUGUUUUGAUGACCUUCCAGAAAUUGUCAGAAGGGCCUACUAUUCCAUUGGCAACUAUAUUGUUUCCAUAGCAAUACUGAAAACAUGUCAGGAGAAACCUGUUAUCAUGGACAGAUUCUGGCACAGUACUGCAGCUUAUGGUAUAGCCAAUGAAACAAGCAAUGAAGACAUCCCAUUGGAGGGGCAUUGGGUGUAUAAGUGGCCCAGUGACCUUUUAACCCCUGACAUCGUCCUCUUUCUGACAGUCAGUGAGGAGAUCAGAAAGCAGAGGAUGCUGGGAAGAGGAGGGGAGAAAACUCAAGAAGAAAAACAUUUAGAUAAAGAUAGACUGUUUAGAGAAAGAUUAUACCUAGCCUACAAGAGAAUGGAGAAGCCUAGCUGUAUAGAAAUAGAUGCCAGUGGCUCCAUAGAGAUAGUUCUGGAGGCAGCAGAGAAGGAGUUGACAAAGCACGGGGUCUAUCUAGACCAGACUGAAGCUAAAUGAUGCAUGAUGCAUGUCUAAAGAAAUCCACAAAAUACAUAUACACACAGUAUUAUUUGUUAAAAUCCAUAAUCUGGGUUCUCAGGAAUUUUGGAAAUUUCAGGCUGGCAGAUAAAAAGUAUUAUUCCAAUGUACUACCUGAAAAAAUUGAUUUUAUAACAAAUUGCAUACAGUAUUAUUUGGUUAACCCAUUAUCUGGGUUCUCAGGAGUUUAGGCAAUCUCAACUUUUAAAGUUCUGAUAUUAAUCAGAUAUGUACUUCCUUAAAAUAUGGGUCUUUUUUUAAGAUUCGGUAUUGUCCAGGUACUUCCUGUUAUGUAUUCCAAAGGCUGUAUUGGUCCCAACUGCUUCAUAAUUAUUUGUAUUUAUUUUCUCUAGUCUGAACUCACAAUAAUUACCUUAUUGUCACUUCAAUGUAAUUAACAACU